ACCGGACGGCGGAUGUGCAAUUCAGGCACUCCCUCCCUCCUGUUUCACACAGAGUAAUCGAUCAUCAGGCCGGCAUACUUCAUCAAUCGAAUAUUUUAAUAGUGAAGAAUUCUAAUCGAGUUACAAAUUGAAGAUGGAACUCGACUCAUCAGCAGCAGCAGGAAGCCGUAGCGGUGGCGUUGGGUCUGCUCCGAUGACGCCCAGGCCGGCGGCGGCGGCGGAGCAGGAGGAUUCAAUAAAGUCGUGUCCACCGUCGCAGUACCACUCGCCGUCCAUGUCCCGAUCCCCCCUGCUGAUAACUACGGCCACCGGGGACCUCCCCUGCAGUGGUGGUGGAGGCCAGGGAGGGUCGUCGGCGGCAAGCGCGCCGAACAGAACCCCGAAGGAGCGAUCGAGGUUCACGACGCCGUUGGGCAGCCCGCUGAGGAAGGCACUGAGAAUGACGAGGCUGGACCCGCAAGAUGCGUGGCUUCCCAUCACCCAGUCAAGAAACGGAAACGCUUUCUACGCCGCCUUUCACACUCUCUGCUCCGGGAUUGGAUUUCAAGCACUUAUUCUCCCCGUUUCCUUCACCAUUCUUGGCUGGGCAUGGGGAAUGGGGUGCUUGGCAGGGGCGUUUAUAUGGCAGCUCUACACGCUCUACGCCAUGGUUCAACUCCAUGAGAACGUCGAUGCCGGAGUUCGCUACAGUAGAUACAUGCAAUUAGCCACUGCAACCUUCGGAGAGAAAUGGGGGAAAUUGUUGGCGGCAUUUCCGAUCGGGUAUCUCUCGGCGGGAACAUGUACAACCCUCAUAAUCAUCGGGGGUUCAACGGCCAAGAUGCUUUACCAGACGCUGUGCGGCGGGACCACCACCGCGUGCGCCUCCUCCUCAAACCCGUUGACCAAUGCGGAGUGGUACUUGGUGUUCACAUGCGCCGCCCUCCUCCUCUCCCAGCUCCCCAACCUGAACUCCAUCGCCGGUGUUUCCCUCGUCGGAGCACUCACCGCCAUCGCCUACUGUACCCUCAUAUGGGCCGUCUCCGUCGCACAGGGCCGCCUCCCCGACGUCUCCUAUCACCCCAUCAAACGACGGGGCGGCACGCAGUUGGGAAGGAUAUUUGAAAUUCUGAACGCCGUUGGGAUCAUAGCUUUCGCCUUCAGAGGUCACAAUCUCAUCCUGGAGAUACAGGCGACGAUGCCUUCGAGUGAAAAGCAGCCGUCGAGGGUGCCAAUGUGGAGGGGCGUGAAGCUCGCGUACCUGCUCGUUGCCAUGUGCCUGUUCCCGCUUGCAGUCGGUGGUUACUGGGCAUACGGGCAGCUGAUCCCAACAAACGGUAGCGGCAUGCUGACGGCGCUCUACACCUUCCACAGGCACGACGUGAGCAGGGGCGUGCUGGGCCUCGUCAGCAUCUGCGUCAUACUCAAUGCCCUCAGCUCCUUCCAGAUAUACGGGAUGCCCACGUUCGACGACAUGGAGUCCAUGUACACCACCAAGUUCAACAGGCCCUGCCCGUGGUGGACGAGGGGCAUCCUCCGGGCAGUCUUCGCCUUCGUCUGCUACUUUAUGGCCGUCGCCAUUCCCUUCCUGGCAAGCUUCGCCGGCCUCAUCGGAGGGAUCGCGUUGCCGGUCACGUUCUCCUACCCGUGUUUCAUGUGGCUCAAGGCAAAGAAACCGAAGAGGUACGGCGGGAUGUGGUGGCUGAACUGGGUCCUAGGGCUCACAGGCGUGGGUCUCAGCGGAACCGUCAUUGCAGCCAGUCUAUACAUUGUGGUCGAUACCGGGGUCAAAAUUAGCUUCUUUAAGCCCUAAAUAUAUGUUGUAUUUCUUUUGUUGAGAUUUACUACGUGUGUUAUAUUUUUAUUUACCUACAACCAUGGAGUGGUACGUAUAAAUAUUAUAAAAGUAUAAUCAGAUUAAAUUUAGUAGGCCAAAAUAGAUAAAUUAGUCCGUAGAGUAAUAGUAAUAAUUGAUUCAAUGAUAAUAAGUACAAGAUCCGGGAGUAGCGAGGUUAAUGGGCUUGCCAAUAUGAUUCCCGCUGAGAGCAACUUGGCAUAAAAUGUGGGUGUAGAA